AUGAUCGCUGACCGCAUACUUGCGCCUGCAGAGAGCACGCCCGGAACCUUCGACGGUAUCAAUGACGAAGACGAGCCCAUGCCCGACGCAGCUGAGCCUGUGGACGAAGAGCCCAAGCAGGAAGCAGAAGAGGAGGCCGAGAAGGACGAGGAAUCUGCCGCCGAAGAAGCACAGGAGGAAGACGAAGAGUCCGCCAAAUCACCGACACCUCCGCCUGAGCCCGUCAUCCGGCGCCGACGUCUAGGGAGGCCCCCAAAGAAUCGCCCACCGGACUGGGACACACUACCAAUCGAGCCGCCGAAUCCGGAUGCUACACCUCGCCGUCGUGGUCGCGGAGGCUGGCGUGGUCGGGGCGGCCGCAAAGGCCAGCACUACCAGCCAACGCAACAGUCGAUUGACAAGGAUGGCACCGUCCUGGAUAUCGUAGACGACGAGGUCGCCCUGCCAGAAGAUCCCGAGGGCGAAAAGAAGGUUGAUAAGUUGGGAAACCUCCAGGAUGGUCGCGAGUACCGGUGCCGGACAUUCAAAGUGGCCGGCCGUGGCGACCGUCUGUACAUGCUUUCCACCGAGCCCGCCCGCUGUGUCGGCUUCCGCGACUCGUACCUCUUCUUCACCAAGCACAAAAAGCUGUAUAAAAUCAUCGUCAACGACGAGGAAAAGCGCGACAUGAUCGAGCGUGACAUCAUCCCGCAUAGCUACAAAGGCCGCUCUAUAGGAAUCGUGACGGCUCGAUCUGUCUUCCGGGAGUUCGGUGCCUUGAUAAUUGUCGGUGGGCGCCGCAUCAUCGACGACUAUGAAGUCGCGAAGGCCCGCGAGGAAGGUGUCGUGGAGGGCGAGCUGGCCGACCCAACCGAUGUAUACGACCCCGACAAGCCCUAUAACAAGAACCAGUAUGUCGCUUGGCAUGGUGCCAGUGCGGUAUAUCAUUCAGGCGGCCCGUCCGUCCCUCAGCAGAAUAUCAAAGUGGACACCAAGAAACGGCGGGUUGCUGUUAACGACGUCAAUUGGCAGCUGGAGCACGCUCGUGAGGCUGUUCAAUUUAAUAGCAUGCUCUCAGCUGUCCGGCGCGCCAACUUGAAUGGGGUCUACGACAUUCACACAAACCAGAUGCACUAUCCGCGCAUUAUGCAGCCGACACACGUGCGCAUCGAGCAAGUUGUAGGCCGCGAAGAGCCCGACCAGCCCAAUACCUCGACACUCUUCCGGCCGGUCAAGUCCUCCAUCUCCCGCAACUUCCUCAUUAUGGACACUCACCUCGAAACACCACCAGCCGGCGUUUCGGCGGCAGCAUACGACGUGCCCUUCCGCACGUCGCCAGCGGACUACGACGCCUCGGCAGCGGCUGAUUUCUUGUCCCCGUUUAAGGGCUUGCGGGCCGUGCCCGACGACGUUCGCGAUCUACUACCAGAAGAGUGCCGGAAGGCGUUCGAUGACGCGAAGGACAAGGAGGAGAGCUGGUUUGCGAGAUGGGGCAACGAGGCUGAUGUCACCUCGAGACGUGAGCCAGUCAUCGACAAGGCUAUUGUACCCUAUUCCAUGUUGGUUCCUUAG